CGCUCGCACUGUUUGGGAGCAACCGGCCGAGCCAGCGGCGCCCCGGCCCCGCCAGCGCAGCGAGGCCCCGCGGACCGGCCCUCGCCCAGCCCCCGGCGCGCACCCCCGGCCCUUCUCCCCCUCUCGACAUGUCCCUCAAGCAAGCGGCGGCGGCGGCGCAGGCCGCCGGCAACAACCGCAAGCCCCCCGGCGGCGGCGGCCCCGGCCUCCCGUCAGCCGCGGGCGGCGGGAGGCAGAACAUGGGCAGAGGUCGCAGCAGUGGCAAAGGACCGCCCCAGCCUACUAUUUCUUUCGAUGGCAUCUAUGCAAACAUGAGAAUGGUUCACAUCCUUACAUCAGUUGUUGGAUCCAAAUGUGAAGUACAGGUGAAAAAUGGUGGUAUAUAUGAAGGAGUUUUCAAAACCUACAGUCCUAAGUGUGAUUUAGUGCUUGAUGCUGCUCAUCGGAAAACUGCAGAAUCCAGUUUGGGGCCAAAACGUGAAGACAUAUUAGAGAGUAUCUUGUUCAAGUCUUCAGACUUUGUCAUGGUGCAUUUUAAGGAUAUGGAUACCAAUUAUGCGAGAAGAGUUCCUUCAGAAACAGAUGCUUUUACUGAUUCAGCCAUCAGUGCUAAAGUUAAUGGUGAACACAAGGAAAAGGAUCUUGAACCUUGGGAUGGAGGAGAGACCACCGCUGCUGAGGAGCUUGAGCCAUUAGAGACAGAUGUUUCUAAUGGAUGGGAUCCCAAUGACAUGUUUCGUUUCAAUGAAGAAAAUUAUGGUGUAGUAUCAACUUAUGACAGCAGUUUAUCUUCUUAUACGGUGCCAUUAGAAAGAGAUAAUUCAGAAGAGUUUUUAAAACGGGAAGCCAGAGCAACUCAAUUAGCAGAGGAAAUUGAAUCAAGUGCCCAAUACAAAGCUCGGGUUGCCUUGGAAAAUGAUGAAAGAACAGAAGAAGAAAAAUAUACUGCUGUUCAGAGAAAUUCUAAUGAACGAGAAGGACAUGGUGUGAACACUAGAGAAAAUAAGUACAUUCCACCUGGACAGAGGAACAGAGAUGUCCUGUCCUGGGGAAAUGGAAGACAAAACUCAACAAGGAUGGGCCAGUCUGCAUCAGGCCCACCAAUUUCAAGGUCUGGAUCCCAUACUUCAGAAUUCAGCCCUAACUCUGGAGCAGAUCAAAGAGUAGUUAACGGAGGUGUUCCCUGGCCAUCGCCUUGCCCAUCUCCUUCCUCUCGCCCACCUUCUCGCUACCAGUCAGGUCCCAACUCUCUUCCACCUCGGGCAGCCACCCCUACACGGCCGCCCUCCAGGCCCCCCUCGCGGCCCUCCAGGCCCCCGUCUCACCCCUCUGCUCAUGGUUCUCCAGCUCCUGUCUCUACUAUGCCUAAACGCAUGUCUUCAGAAGGGCCUCCACGGAUGUCUCCUAAGGCACAACGGCACCCUCGAGGUCACAGAGUCUCUACUGGUAGGGGUACAAUUUCAAGUGGCUUAGAAUUUGUAUCUCAUAAUGCACCAGGGGAAGCAUCUACUACUGCAGUGGCACGAGGCAGCCCUUCAGGUGGGACGUGGUCAUCAGUUGUCAGUGGGGUUCCAAGAUUAUCCCCUAAAACACACAGGCCUAGGUCUCCAAGGCAGAGCAGCACUCCCACGGGCCCAGCUCUGCCUUCUCCUCAGCCUGGUACUAUUCCUGCUGAAUCUGUUGCCAUGCCUGUUCCAGCUGCCUCUCCAACACCUGCCAGCCCUGCAUCCAACAGAGCAGUUACCCCUUCCAGUGAAGCUAAAGAUACUAGGCUUCAAGACCAGAGGCAAAAUCCUGCAGCUGGAAACAAGGAGAAUGUAAAGCCAAGUGAGACUUCUCCUAGUUUUCCUAAACCUGAAAACAAAGGUGUAUCUCCAAUUGUUUCAGAACAUAGAAAACAGAUUGAUGAUUUAAAGAAAUUUAAGAAUGACUUUAGGUUACAGUCCAGUUCUUCUUCAGAUGCAGUGGAUCAGCUGCUGAACAAAACCCGAGAAGGUGAAAAAUCAAGAGAUGUAGUUAAAGAAAAGACAGAAUCAACCCCUAAAGAAUCUAUCAUAGAAACUGGCAGUAAUACCAACUCGAAUGGUGGUAGUAGCAAACCUAAUAGUCCAAGUAUUUCUCCUUCAAUAAGUAAUAGUUCUGAGCAAAAGCGAGGGCCUGAGGUAACUUCACAAGGUGUACAGACAUCUGGGCCUGGAAGUAAACAAGAUAAAGAGGAUAAAGAGGAGAAGAAGGAUACUUCUGAGCAAGUUAGAAAAUCAACACUUAAUCCUAAUGCAAAGGAGUUCAACCCUCGAUCUUUUGCUCAACCGAAACCUUCUACUACUCCAACCUCCCCUCGUCCACAAGCUCAGCCCAGCCCCUCCAUGGUGGGUCAUCAGCAGCCAACCCCAGUGUACACUCAGCCUGUUUGUUUUGCACCAAAUAUGAUGUACCCGGUUCCAGUGAGUCCAGGCGUGCAGCCUUUGUAUCCUAUUCCCAUGACGCCCAUGCCAGUGAACCAAGCCAAGACAUAUAGAGCAGGUAAAGUACCAAAUAUGCCACAGCAACGGCAAGACCAACACCACCAGAGCACCAUGAUGCAUCCUGCCUCGGCAGCGGGCCCUCCAAUUGUAGCUACACCACCUGCUUAUUCAACACAAUAUGUUGCAUAUAGUCCCCAACAGUUUCCUAAUCAGCCUCUUGUGCAGCAUGUGCCACACUACCAAUCUCAGCAUCCUCAUGUUUAUAGCCCUGUAAUACAGGGCAACGCUAGGAUGAUGGCACCACCAGCACACGCACAGCCGGGUUUAGUAUCUUCCUCUGCAACACAGUAUGGUGCGCAUGAACAGACGCAUGCUAUGUAUGCAUGUCCCAAAAUACCAUACAGCAAGGAGACAGGCCCUUCUUUCUACUUUGCCAUUUCCACUGGCUCACUUGCUCAGCAGUAUGCCCACCCUAAUGCUACCCUGCAUCCGCAUCCUCCGCAUCCUCAGCCUUCUGCCACACCAACUGGCCAGCAGCAAAGCCAACAUGCUGGAAGCCACCCUGCUCCUAGCCCUGUGCAGCAUCACCAGCACCAGGCUGCUCAGGCACUCCACCUGGCAAACCCUCAGCAGCAGUCGGCCAUUUACCACGCAGGUCUAGCUCCAACCCCACCUUCCAUGACGCCAGGCUCCAACACGCAGUCUCCACAAAAUAGUUUUCCUACAGCACAACAAACAGUCUUCACCAUUCAUCCCUCCCAUGUUCAACCUGCAUAUACCAAUCCGCCACACAUGGCCCAUGUCCCCCAGGCUCAUGUACAGUCAGGAAUGGUUCCUUCUCACCCAACUGCCCAUGCUCCAAUGAUGCUAAUGACGACACAGCCACCUGGUGGUCCCCAAGCCGCCAUCGCUCAAAGUGCACUACAGCCCAUUCCAGUCUCGACAACAACACAUUUCCCCUAUAUGACGCACCCUUCAGGUGAGGAGUGUGUGCCCGGGAGACCUGCACCUUAACUGAGCCAGGUCGGAGUAGUGAGGAGAACUGUUAUGAACCAGAUUUGGGGAAAAAAAGGAAAAAAGAAAAGAACAAAAAAUAAUAAUGAGAACUGAGCCAAAUGUAUCGAUGUCCUUGCAGAGCACAGGCUGCCCAGGGCCAGCCCCACAGCCAGCCUGGCUGAGCCUGUGAGAUGUAGCUAAUUUAGCAGAGAUUUUGCUUCUCUGGAGCUGAAGCAGAGAAGUGGAGAACUCUGCAAACACUGUGGGACUGUGUUCUUCCAGGUUUUGCCAUGGUUUUGCCGUGGGGGAUGGAGUGUGUGUAGCCUGUUUAUGAUGAUCUGGGGGGUUGUUACCUUGACGGCGAUUGGUCUCGAGGGUAGGAGUGAAAAUGUUGCCUGGGGGAGCCCUGCUGGCUGUUGCUGUUAGACUUCUAAUGGCUGAAGUAAAGUGACAAUUGAAGUCUAACCUUUAAUUGAGAGUAACAUUCUGCAGCUUUACUUUUUGGCAAAAGUAGGUGCUGGAUGACUUCUUUCAGCUUUGCAUUUAACCUUAUCUAGGUUUCUUUAUUGUUGCUUGUUUCCAAGCAGCCUCUAAACUUACGUAGUGAAUUAGAUACCUGAUUUUGUUUCUUGGGGAAUGUGUGAGCAGAACAAGGCUGCUUUCUGAGGGCUUAGGCAGGGGAAAAUCAAACAAACAUCCCAAGGACAUCUUGAUAUGCAGGGUUUUGUUUUGUUCAUUUUAAAAAAAGAAAAGAAAAGAAUAAAAAAGUUCAGCUCAGUAGUUGUCCUGUGACCACUUUACUAGCAAACUGUUGUGUGGCUUGCCAAUUUAUUAUUUACAUUUGAACUUUUUUUUUACAGUACAAGCCCACCACCAACAGCAGUUGUAAGGCUCAUCUGGAAUAACUGAAAGGCUGGAUACCUUUUGUAGGCCAAAUACCCUCCUUCUACUGCUUCUGCCAACUGGAAGCACAGAAAACUAGAAUUUCAUUUUAUUUUGUUUAAAAAAAAAAAAUUGAUUUCUUGUAACAUCCACUAGGAAUGCUAACAGUUCAUCUUGCAGUGGGAGAGAUUCGGACUGAGUAGAGGCAUUUAGGAACUUGUGGGCUAUUCCAUAAUUCCAUGCACUGUAUCUGAGUCCUGCAAGUGCCCCAACUCUGCUUGCUGAAAACUGGAAGUUAUUUAUUUUUUAAUGACCCUUCAAAGUUAUGAACUCAUCAGCUAGCAAAAGAAGUAACAAGAGUGAUUCUUGCUGCUAUUAUCACUAAAAAUCAAGACUUGGAGAUCCCUUUUACUUCUAACUAAACUUGAAACAGGUUCAGUAAAAAAAAAAAAUUCUAAUCGUCAAACUGAUGAAUUAUUAUUUAUAAAUCACGUUUGAUGAGAUAAUCACUAUCGUGAGACAGUGAUGUAACUUUUAAGUUAAGAAAACUUUUACUUUGUAGAUAAUAUAAAAUAAAAACUUAAAAAAAAAUUAAAAAAUAAAAAAAGUUUUAAAAACUGA